AUGUCUGUAUUUACGCCACAUAGUAAGAGCGAUGUAGGACCAAUACAGUUAGAUUUGUUUACAUGUCCACCUACUCAAGUUGCAUGCUUGAAACAGUAUUAUGAAGUGAUACGUCCUAUAAGCCAGUUCCAGGGAUAUGGUCCAAUACAAUUCCAAACUUCUUUGCAGGGGGAUUUUUACACUGAUCUGUCAAAAUCUAAGCUGUUUCUAAAAUGUCGUCUGCUUAAACCUGACGGGAGCUCCUUUUCAAACGAAGAUAGCGUGACACCAGUUAAUUUAUUUCUUCAUGCACUAUUUUCUGAGGUUAAUGUCAGAAUGAACGACACCCUUGUGGCUUCAUCCGGGAACAUGUAUGCUUAUACGUCUUAUUUUCAAACUCUGUUGCGGAGUAGUGCCGAAGAAAAGAAAAAUGUAUUAACCGAACAACUUUAUAUGGCAGAUACACCCGGCUGGAUGGAUUCAACUGAUUAUAAGGGAGGCAACUUCGGUCUAUUCCAACGACACACGAUUGCAAAAGGCUCUAAAUUAUUUGAAAUUGCUGGACCGAUUUUAAGUGAAUGUUUAAUGUUUGAUAGAUACCUAUUGAACGGUGUUAAACUUGAUAUAACUUUAAAACGAAGUUCACCUAAGUUUUGCCUAAUGAGUGAUGAAGAUAUGCCACUUACGUCAGACUAUAAAAUUGUUAUUGAAGAUGCAUUUUUAAGAUUGUACAAACUAAAAAUAAACCCUGGCGUGCUAGUCGCUUAUAAUCAUAUGCUAAAGAAAGGUCACAAUGCUAUGUAUCCAUAUAUAAAGAGACAUGUAAAAUCAUGCACCGUGCCUCCAAAUCAAACUCUUUUUACUUGGGGUAAUCUUAAUGAAUUUCCUUUACCGAAGUUAGUUGCAAUUGCUUUUUGUCAAUCAGAAGCUGUAGCAGGUAGCUAUAAGAAAAAUCCUUGGAAUUUUAUCAAUUGUGAUGUGAAACAGCUGUCCCUAAGCGUGAACGGAGUAAGUUGGCCUAAAGAUCCCAUUCAAGUUGAUUACAGUAUGGACGACGGAGGAGCUCAAAUCUUACAAGUCUUUGACGGCUUUUAUGACAAGACAAACAAAAUCAAUGCCGGUUUAAGCCGAGGAGAUGUUGCCAAAGGAUUUGCCGUGUACCUUUUUCAUCUAGAUCCGGAUUAUAGUGAAAAUGCAGAAUUUCCCCUGGUAAAAUCAGGCGAGAUGUCUAUAAAUGUCAGAUUUGGGACCCCUUUAAACCAAGGUGUCUGUUGCCUAUUUUACACAGAGAAAAUGGGUCUUAUAGAAUUCGACGAAAUGAGAAGU